UGAAAAUGAAGAUGUGUUGUGCUGUCUAAUUUGUCGUGUAAUUUCAUGCUAUAUUCGCCAUAACGGGACAUAAAUAUGCAGUGGUUGUGCAGACACCUUCUUACCACGAUACUGGUGUUCUUCGCCUUUGAAAUCCGAGUAGGAACAGCAGAUAAGAAAAAUACUGGAAGGCUGACCAUUCCCUAUGUUGGACAAGAAUCAGUCUUAUUGGUUUCCACUCUUGAUGGUAGAAUGCAUGCUGUGAAUAAAAACACUGGUAUCACUUUGUGGACUUUAAAAGAAGAUCCUGUAUUAAAAGUUCCUUCAGAGUAUGCUAGAGGUCCAUCAUUCCUACCGGAUCCAAAAGAUGGCAGUUUAUAUGCUCUCGGUACAGAAGGCUUGAAAAAACUACCUUUCACAAUACCAGAACUGGUAUCUGCUGCACCCUGUAAGAGUACAGAUGGCCUUCUCUAUACUGGUCGAAAAACAGAUAUUUGGAUUGCAGUGGACCCAUUGACUGGUGAGAAACAGCAGACUUUAACAAUGGACGGUAGUGAUACCACAUGUCCCUCAUCAGGAAGUGCUUCUUUGUACCUGGGAAGAACUGAAUACACUAUAACGAUGUUUGAUAGUACAACUAGGGAAAAAAGAUGGAAUGUGACUUUUAUGGAUUAUUCAUCUCAUGUGGCGACUGAUAAUUCAAAAUAUGAUUUAUUUCAUUUCUCAUCAAGCUCGGAUGGUCAGCUUGUCACUUUAAACAGAAAAUCUGGUGAUAUAUUAUGGGAUGGUAACUAUGGUUCCCCAGUAGUUGCUAUGUACUCGUUAGAACAUGAGGGACUGAGGAAAGUAGCAGUGUCUAAUGUAGCUUCAGAGACUUUAAACCAUCUAACAGCUGAUCAUGCAGCUGGGUCAGUAUGGAAAGACAGAUUCCUUGGAACCACAGAGGAUACGCAUCUUUACCCUACUCUCUAUAUUGGUCAAUAUGAACAUGGUUUAUAUGCCCUUCCUUCUAUGGUGGAACAGAACACUGUACCUGUUAUACCACGAAACCUUGGUGUACCAUUGAUAGAGGGACCUGUUCCAUCAGGAAGUACACCAUCUAGCAUGUCAAUUGUACCAACACCAUCGUACCAAGAUGAUACUGUCUUAGUGUCUGCAUAUACUGUUGAUAUACCUGAAACAACCAAUGAACCACAUCCUGUAAUAUUAGGUUAUCAUGAAAUUCCUGAGAGUAUCGGCAAAGAAUUACAAAUCAUCCACAUCAAACAUCCAACAGUCAGCAUAAUUAGACCUCCACACUUUUCACACUUACCCACGCCACCAUUACCUGAUACUACAGACGAGAACGAAACUAAUGGAGAUGAGAAACCAACAACAAACAUACCAUCUGGGAGAGAAGUUCAGGGGACGAAUCGCGAUGUUCCUGACCGUACAUAUCGAAUCGUUGACAAUGAUGCUUUGGUGAUAGGCGUAUUCAUAGCCUUGUUAGGAGGACUGGUCAUUAUUAUUUUCUUGGCUCGGAGACCUGUUAUUGUAAUGUCAUCUAGUACAGGGUCUCGUCAAUUUUCAAGUGGAGGGAAUCCCUCAUCAUAUCAUCAGAACAAUGACACUGCAAUACCAGAAGGAUUUGUACAAGUUGGUAAAAUUAUUUUCAACCCGAAAAAAGUUCUAGGGCAAGGUUGUGAAGGAACAUUUGUAUUCAGGGGACGUUUUGACAACCGUGAUGUGGCAGUGAAGCGCAUUCUACCAGAUUGUUUUAAUUUUGCUGACAGAGAAGUUGACUUGCUGCGAGAAUCAGAUGAACACCCACAUGUUAUCAGAUACUUCUGUACAGAAGAAGAUAAACAGUUCCGAUAUAUUGCUUUGGAGUUAUGUGCAGCAACUCUGGCCAACUAUGUCAUGAAUAAUAGUUUUGAUAAACAGUUAUUAGAACCUGUGGAUGUAUUACAUCAAGCGAUGGAUGGAUUGACAUACUUACAUUCAUUAGACAUUGUUCACAGAGAUAUCAAACCUCACAAUGUACUCAUAUCAAUGCCCAAUGCACAUGGCAAAGUUAAAGCUAUGAUAUCAGACUUUGGUUUAUGCAAAAAAUUGGCAGCAGGGAGGCAUUCAUUUUCACGUCGCUCUGGAGCGGCUGGUACUGAAGGAUGGAUCGCUCCAGAAAUGCUGUCAGAGGAGGCCAGAACAACCACAGCUGUCGACAUAUUUUCCUCAGGAUGUGUGUUUUACUACGUUUUAUCCAAAGGCAAGCAUCCAUUUGGAGAUUCUCUCCAUAGACAAGCUAAUAUAUUAUCUGCAGAAUAUAAUCUAGACAUGUUAAACCAAGAUGACCAUACGUCCAGGCAGUUAAUAUCUCAUAUGUUAAAUCAGGAUCCAACACAAAGACCUGCAGCCAAUACUAUAUUAAAACAUCCAUUCUUCUGGUGUCUUGAAAAACAACUUGCUUUCUUUCAGGAUGUCAGUGAUAGAAUAGAAAAGCUGCCUUUGGAUGAUAGUGUUGUUAUAGAAUUAGAAAAAAAUGGAAAAGAAGUUGUAAAGUAUGACUGGAGGUCAAAUAUCACUCAAGAAUUACAGUCAGAUUUAAGGAAGUUUAGAACAUAUCGUGGUAAUUCUGUGAGAGAUCUACUAAGAGCUAUGAGAAAUAAGAAACACCAUUAUAGAGAACUCCCUGAAGAGGUGAAGCAGUCUCUUGGCACGGUUCCAGAUGAAUUUAUGUACUAUUUUACAUCUCGUUUUCCUAAACUACUUCUACAUACAUACAAUGCUAUGAAGUGUUGUAGAAAUGAGAGACUUUUUAGACUGUAUUAUGUGCAAGAUGACGAACUACACAACAAUAGCUUAAUGGAGGUUGAGAAGACAGUGUUAAAAGAACUUGAGACUGACUUUAUUAAAGAAAAACAGAUGCAGAAUACAGGAGCACAUGAUACAGUGAAUGAUGAUGCAGUCUGACUAACGACUAGUGC